AUGUCUACGCAGGUCGAAGCCAACUUAGCGGCCAAUGCAACAAGUCCCUCCGAGAUAGGCAUGGCUAGCAGCAGCAACGCAGGACCUUCAGGCGCAGUCGACGCAUCCACAGCCGCAUCAACGUCGUCCAGGGUCAGGUCGGCUCUGAUAGCGAAGGAUAAGGUCCGCAUCGAUGCGCUCCUGACUUCGGGUCAGAGGCAUCUUUUCGACUUUGAGCCUAGCACGCUCGUGUCCGAGGCAAGGGAUCAGAUCUGGAAUGAAUGGCCAGCAGAUUUCCCUCUGCGGCCCGCAGAGCCAUCGGCUCUCAGAAUGCUUCAUCUGGGUCACAUCUUGGAUGAUCGAGCGCCGCUCAGCGGAGACUCUCCCGCGGCAGGCGGAAGACCUGCUACGGGAGGUAUGCCUUUGGGAAAGGUCACUGUGGUGCACAUUCUGAUCCGCCAACCAGUCAAAGACUCAAAUGCUGAUGAUGAAUCCUUGAAGAAAGACGACGUUCAAGCAGGAUGCAGAUGCGUCAUCUGCUAA